AUGACUAAAAAGCUUCCGGAAGAAAUAUAUCAAAAUGAGGAGUUGCAGCUGACGGCCGUGCAUCUCGACGCUUCCAAUAACAGAAUGAAAGAAAUGCCGAAAGAAUUAUCGAAUAUGAAACAUUUAGAAUCUAUAAAUUUGAAAAAUAACAAAUUUGAAAAGCUUCCAGAAGGUGUCAAGUCGCUGUUAGACCUCAAAUUUUUAGAUGUUUCUGACAAUAACCUAAGAACUCUGCCGACGAACAUAUAUAAACUGAAGCAUUUAUCAGAAUUAAAAGUCUCUAACAAUGCUCUAAAGUCUGUCUCAAUAAAAUCGGAUGCAACGAAAAAAUUGAAAAGUGUAGAUUUCUCACAUAAUAAAAUUAAAAAACUGAAAAUGUCUAUCUAUAAAAUUCCUCAGUGCAUUAAUUUAUCGCACAAUAAUCUAGAAGAGCUGCCAGCUGUAAAUUUAAAAACGACCUCGGUCAAAAUUUUGAAUAUGUCUCACAAUAGAUUGCAAUCACUUCCGAUGGGUAUAGAAAACCUUCAAAGAUUAACUACUUUAAAUAUUUCUGACAAUCGGGUUACAAAAAUACCUGAUGAGCUGGGAAAGUUGAAACACUUGAGAAUUCUUGAUUUAUCGAAAAAUUCCCUAACAUUUUUACCAGAAAGUUUUUGUGACAUAAGUUCUUCGUUAUAUGAAAUUUGUUUAGAUAGGAAUAAUAUAAUUUCUCUUCCAAAUAAUAUCAACAAGUUUUCAAAUUUGAAAUCGUUCAGAGCAUCGUGCAACAAAAUUAUUAAAUUACCGGACACUUUUUCUGCUCUGCCAAGUUUGGAAUACGUUGAUCUUUCAGUGAAUGAGUUAGUUGACAUUGAACCAUUGAUGAACUUAAAAUCGUGCAAAUUUAUAAAUAUUUCUGAAAAUUCAGUGAAACAGCUUUCAGAAAAUCUCUACAAUCUGUCAUCCUUAUGUUACUUCAACGCUUCUUGCAAUAAAUUAACCCACUUACCCGAUGCGAUAUGCUUUCUGAUAAACCUAAAGUACCUCAACGUAUCAAAAAAUGUUAUUAAAAUGAUGCCAGCAGAAUUUGGUUUACGACAGUUAUUAGAAUAUUUGAACGCAAGCAACAACCUGCUUGCAGAUGUUCCUGACAGUAUAAAGUUAAUGGCCAGUCUAAAACACUUUGACAUAUCAGAUAAUAUGAUUGAACGAAUCCCAGAUAGUAUCAUUCGAUGCAAAAAAUUAAAAUAUUUGAACAUUUCCGACAACAAAUUGGCCAAUUAUCCGGACAUAUUUCACACGAUAAGACAGAAAGUUGAAAUUGUCUACGGUUUACAAUCAACCGAAAAAGUAAAAAUGUUUAAGACCCACUAA